CCAAAGAGGCCUGCAGACAGGCCUGCACUCAUCCCUAAACGCUGCUACUAAGACAGCCACCAAGACUCCCAGGAUGAAGGGCUGCCUCCUUUUCCUAUUCACCAUCAGCCUCCUGGUUACGAUUAAGAUACAAACUGGAGUCUUGGGAAAUAUGACCACGCCAAGGGCCAUGGAAAACACCGUGAGAACCACCAAGAAACCCAUGAAGAGUGGGGCCCCCACACUCAGCAGUCUGGGCAGUGGCAGUGUCCUCAUCUUCCUAACUAACACCCUCAUCCAGCUCUUCUACCUCAGCUGAGGUGACGUGCUUGAGCUCUACCCCUGUGCCCCCGAGAAAGCUGCCACUACACUAGCAGGAGAAAUCUCCUCUCAUCCUUGGGAGGGGUUGAUGCCAGAGAUGACCAGGUGAUGGGAACUGACAGGUAGUGCCUACGGGGAAAUGGCCAACACGGGGAGGUACGGAGGCAAAAGGCAAGCAGUAGCCAGCCAGGGGUCAAUAAAGCUGUCUUGUGCUUGGA